UUCCCAAGAAAAAAAUAGUUCCCAAGAAAAAAAAACUAUGUCUACUGAUGACGACAGUAAUAAUAUCAGUCCAAUUGCCGGAGAUGCAGAUGUCUCCUCCUCCGACAACCCCUCGCCGUCAUCACUCCCGCUGGCUGUUCCGGUCCCUCUGACUUGGCCCUCCGAUGGCCAGCUUAGCCUUGAUUGGAUCCAGCACUUAAUAUCGGCGUUCGACUGGAGUUCAAAAAAUCUGCCCCCCUCCUCCUUGCCCUCGUUGUUUCCAGUUCCCGUUUUCGACGCCCUCGUUCUUACAGCUUCUAAGAUCCUCCACAAAGAACCCAAUUGCCUCCGAAUCGAGACCCCCGACACCGAUUCAACGGUUGUGGUGGUUGGCGAUCUUCAUGGGCAAUUGCAUGAUCUUCUCUUCCUCUUCCAAGAUGCUGGCUUUCCUUCCGAAAAUCGGAUCUUUGUCUUCAAUGGGGAUUAUGUUGACAGAGGAGCUUGGGGUCUUGAGACUUUCUUGCUCCUGCUAGCCUGGAAGGUUUGCAUGCCACAUAGAGUGUAUCUCCUUCGUGGAAAUCAUGAAUCCAAGUACUGUACCUCUACUUAUGGAUUUGAGAAGGAAGUUUUGGCGAAGUAUGGGGAUAAAGGUAAGCAUGUGUAUCGCAAAUGUUUGGGAUGCUUUGAAGGACUUCCUUUGGCCUCUAUAAUUGCUGAGCGUGUAUAUACUGCUCACGGGGGGCUUUUCCGCAGUAUUACUGUCACCCCUUCCAAAAGGACGAAAGGGAAGAAGAACCGUAGGAUAAAUCUUGACCCUGAAGCCAAUGCCUUAUGCCUUGGUUCUUUGGAGGAGUUAUCUAAAGCUCGAAGAUCAGUCCUUGAUCCUCCUUGGGAAGGACAUAAUUUGAUUCCCGGUGAUGUGCUAUGGUCAGAUCCAUCAAUGAAACCUGGUCUUUCACCUAAUAAGGAGAGAGGUAUUGGCUUGUUAUGGGGCCCUGACUGCACAGAGGAGUUUUUAAAGAAGUUCAAGCUAAAGCUAAUUAUCAGAUCACAUGAAGGACCUGAUGCAAGAGAAAAGAGGCCUGGUCUUGCAGGAAUGGAUGAAGGAUAUACCAUAGAUCAUGAUGUGGAAUCAGGGAAACUGAUAACCGUGUUUAGUGCUCCGGACUACCCACAAUUUCAGGCAACAGAAGAGAGAUACAAUAACAAAGGAGCAUAUGUUGUACUGAAGCCUCCGGACUUUGAUAGUCCCGAAUUCCGUAGUUUUGAAGCAGUUACCCCGAGACCCAAGGUGAAUCCAUACUAUGACUUUGAGGAUGUGAUUGAUUCUGAUGAAGACUUGGACUUGGCGUCAAUGGUACCCGAUUUGUAAUGUCCCGGAUCUAUAUGUUUUUCACAAUCAUUAUUUUGAGAGUUGUACAUGGUAUUAAUGGAUUUUCAUUAAUAUAUAGUGUUGUUUAAUGAUGAUGAUGAUUUGUUAUCAAGAAGCAUGGUAUUUUCUUCACUUUGAAGCUAUUUGUAUUGCUAUAGGUUUUAAAAGAAACCUAACCUUUUGUGAGUUUUUCUUUCUGAAAUUAUAGUGCAGAAAUAUGAUUAUUUU